AUGCAGAUCACCAAUCUUGCUCUCUGUUUCUUUGUCGCAAUGGGCGCGGUAGCAUCCCCAAUUGACACCGCAUCGGGUGGCCUCGAAGCCAGAGAUGAGGCAGCCGCUCUACGCGACUUUCCGGGAAAAUGCGUUAGAUCCAACAACACGUGCAAAUACAAGGAUGAUCGAAAUAAGACCGUCAUCAGGAAGUGCAACACCAAGUUCGCCAACCAGAGAUGUACCAAGGAUGGUAACCCGUGCACUGUGGACACUUACGGCGGCGUGGUGAAGUGCAGUUAG